AUGUCUACUUCAACAUCUUCCAAAGCCAUUCCCACCCAUGAUUCACCUCCCAUCCCACCCGCGUCCACCAGCACAUACAUCAUCCCGCAGCUCUCCGGCGAGCUCGUCUCAAUCCCGGGCUCCAAAUCCGUUUUCCGCAUUCUCGCCUCCGAGAAACAAACCGGCGACGACUCCAUCGGCGUCUUCAGCUCCGGUGGCGCCCUUGCCGACGCCCCUGGCUUCCACCACCAUGAGCGUGCACACGACAUCUUCAUGGUGACAAAAGGCGAGCUGAAGCUCUGGGUUGGCGACUCAUGUCGAAUCCUCCAAGCCGGUGAUUUUGCGAGUAUACCACCGAAAAUAAUCCACAACCCGCACCUCCUCGGUCCCAUCACCGAAACGUACGGCCUGAUCCACCCGUCCUCCUGGAUCGAUUUCUUCCGCUACGUGUCCGAGCCCACCGACAUCCCCAGCAUCAUCUAUCCAGAGCAAGACUCGCGCUCCUUGCCCGCCCUGCUCGUCCCCAAAGUCAUCGCCGCCGCAAAAGCCGGCAAGGACUACGAUGUGCAUUUCCACCGCGAGCAUGUCGGCUGCGAGGUCGCUCCCUGGUCCGAUGCAGACACCGUCCUGCCCGACGGCGAGGCGCCCUACUACCUGCGCGCAAACCGCGGCCCGCGCUGGAUCCUGGGCGGCGUGGUCAGUAGGCCGUUCAUCACGGGCACGCAGUCGAGCGGCAAGUUUGCGAUUACGAGUCUAGAGGGCUCGAGCCACUUGGACGCGGGGCUGAAUCCGCUGGCGGCGCCAUUGAGGUAUGCGGUGCAUCAUGUGCUGGUGGUCAUGGAGGGCAAGGCGACGAUAAACGUGGAGGGAUAUGCGCCUGCGACACUGACGGAGGGCGAGACGGUGUUUGUGCAAGCGGGCGUGGCGUGGGGCGUGGUGUUUGAGAGUCGGUUUGUGAGGAUUUGGAGUUUUUCGAGUGGGGAUGGGGUGGAGAGGGUGAUUGAGCGGGCAGGGAGGCAGUAUACAGAAGGAUAUGUGGUGCCUGACAAAGCUGAGUCUUGGGAUGCUCAGAAGUUUGAGGAGGUGUGUAAGGAACUACAGGUUAAGGCUGCUUGA